AUCUGGGGUAACCUCCACACCUCCGCAACUUCCAACGCCUCCUUCAACUUCUCCCCAAAAUGUCUGACGAAACGAAAGUCGGCCCCGGCGCACCUUCGCCACAAGAUGUGAACAGUGCUGCGGCUUCCAAAGAGGUUUCAGUGCCUUCUCACUUCACAGCACUCCCGAAGCAGGCGGAUCGACUGUUACUGCGAUUGAACAAACUCCUCGCCGCCCCCGGCGGCCUCAGCUCCACCCUCGGCACCGUCAGCUACACCCUUUACCUGCUCGCGUACCUGGAAACCAAAGCCCCCACCGCGUCGGCCCUGUCCACCCAGCUCCGCGCCCUCAUAAAAGCCCCUUCCACCACCUCGAAAACCUCCACAAUCCUCGUCCCGGCCCCCGGAGCGCCCACCCCCAUCGCCUCCCUCGGCGCCCUCAUCUCCAAAGCCCGCACCACCCUCCGCCUCUUCAGCCUAAUCCCGCUCUACGCCCGCCUGCGCACCCUGCUCAAAGGCCCCAAGCCCGACGACGACGUCUUCGCCCACCGCAUCGCCGUCACCCAGUGCCUCGCCUACGUCGCCUACCAAGCCCUCGAGAACAUCGCCGUGCUGACCGACGCCGGCAUCUUCCCCGCGGCCGUCGUCGCGCGCUUCAACAAGGGCUCGCCCGCCACCGCGCGCGUGUACCGCGCCGCCUACCGCUCCUGGCUUGUCGGCGUGAGCUGCGACUUUGUGAGGCUGGGCCGGCAGGCGGUGGUGGAGCGGCGGCGGCGCGCGGUGAGGGCCCGCAUGGCGGAGGAGGGCCGGCCGGUGGUCGAGGGGCAGGAGGAGGAGGACCGCGAGGCGGAUGCGCUGUGGUGGAAGGAGUUGGUGGUGGCCGUGGCGUGGUUCCCGAUGGCGGUGCAGUUUGGCACGGAUACGGGGUUCCCUGGGUGGAAUCUGGGGCUGAUGGGGCUUUGUGGGCUUGUGGCGACGUCGGGGCGGACGGCAAGUUUGUGGAGGACGACGAAGGA